CCCAUCCACCACCUCCGGCCGGAUUCUUUAUUUCCUCUCACUUAAGGCACAAUAUGAGAGCUGUAUAGAUUGCCCAGAAGUAGCAGAGACCUCUUUUCUGCUGCAGGCUUACCUUAUAUUGUCUCUAGCGGGGACAUUACACGACAACCCGACUGUCCCGUCGCGAGAUGACUACGAAAACGCGAACCUGGGUCCAUAUUGCUCAAACAUGGCUUUCUGCACCCUUGGAAAAAGACCGUUUGACUUUGACAGGAAUUCAAGUCCAUUACUUGCUGCUUCUUGCUUGCCAAGUCAACCAAGUGGGAGCGGAUCUGGUCUGGAUAUCCGCAGGCUCACUAAUGCGGAUGGCCAUGCAGAUGGGUUUACACCAAGAUCCUGACUACCUGGGGGAGAUGAGUGUGCGACAAAAAGAGAUCAGAAGGUGACUUUAGUACACUAUUCUGGAAAUGAAUGUACAAGCGGCAUUGGAUUCGGGUAUGUCUCCCAUGGUCAUGGAUGGGGACUACACUACCGUACCUCCUUCCAACGUCAGCGACAUACGAGCUAGAGGAGCCAACACAAGGGAGACAAAGAAGUAUCUCAAGCUGUUCUCAGACUUCAUUUCAGUCUCUGCUAUCAAGAUCCCUCUCUCUCGGACUGCGUGCCACCAGAGUCAUAAACAGCCUGCGGGAGGAAGCGUCGUAUGGUAAAGUUCUGUCCCUCGGAAACGAGCUGGAUUUGGCUUGCCGCGAAGCAACUGUCGCAAUUGAGGGGGCUCCUUCCAACGCCGAUGCCCACUCUGUAAACCAGUUUGCUUCUAGCUACUGCAGCCACCUUCGUCGCUUUCCCUUGUGUCUUCACUUUCGGUAUGCCGUCAAAGCCAAAGCAAAUCCUCUGUACAACUAUUCGCAGAAAGCCUGUCUUGAGACAGCCUUGCAUCUUGUCUCGCUUCUUGACGAUGAGUACUACCGCCACUUGCUCCUCGUUGGAGGUGGGAUAUUCCGCGACAUCAUUACCCGUGGAGCAUUAUUAACAUUGCCGGUUAAUUCUACUUGUAGUUGCCGGAUUAUGUAGCCCAGAAAUUUGGCAGUCGUCUAUUUUUCCCCAUCAAUGUAGCUCACUUAUAUUACGAGAGCGUCUAUCGCUAUUCCGUCAUGUUCGGAGAACUUGCUGGUGUGAAAAUAUCGAUAUAGACACCAUAACCUUCUCUCUACAGUUCCUCAAUUUCUACCUCAUACCUCCUUGAGCUCCCC